UUGUGCUCUUAGCGCAGCUCAGCUGGGAUAGACGAAGCAAGCUCACCAUCGACACAAGUCGGUGCCCAGGAGCAAGGCACGCAAGCACGCAAGCACGUCUUGGCUGCUGCAUCCUACUGCGCCUGCCAGCGUUGCUUUUGCAUCGCCCGCGCUGUCCACGUCGACUGCGGUACAUCAGACCUCGUCUCGACCGCCGCACAAUUGGUAGCGCGCUCUUAAAGUUGCCCUCAACUGCUCAAACAGCUGCUCUUCCGUGGUGCGCUCCGCUCAAUCGCGCUCCUGUGACGUCGAUCUUGCACCCUCCGGCAAACAAGACGCAGGGUGUCUCAGGUGCACCACAACAACCCAAACAUUCUCACCCACAUCGCACCUGCCAAUCGCGCGUCAGGCACUGCGGCACUUCUGCAUGCCUUUUUUCACGAGUCUCCAGGCCUUGCGCCUGCGCGACCUCACUGCCAAUCCCAACAACUUCGUCUCCAUGGCCUCGCAAUCGUUCGACUACGGCAACAAUGGUCUCAUGGAGGUUUUCAAGAAGAAGGCGCAUAGCUCGCACCCCGAUUUCGCCAACCUCUCGCUGCUCGUCUUCGAGGCCGUCAUGGAGGUUGUGUGUGUCAGCGCGCCUGGCUAUAUCAUCGCAAGAAUGGGCCAAUUCGAUGCAGAGAGCCAGAAGUUCCUUGCCAACCUCAACACACAAUUGUUCACGCCCUGUCUUAUCUUUACCAAGCUUGCAUCGCAGUUAACCGCAGAGAAGCUGGGAGAACUCGCCGUGAUCCCCGUUAUCUUUGUUAUCCAAACAAUCAUCUCUUACCUUGCUGCGCUCGUAGUCGCCAAGCUGUUCAGCUUCAAGAAGAGACAAUCCAACUUCGUUGUCGCAAUGGCGGUCUUUGGAAACUCGAACUCACUACCUAUCUCCCUCGUUAUAUCGCUCUCAAAAACGAUUUCAGGCCUCCACUGGGACAGGAUACCUGGCGACAAUGAUAACGAAGUUGGCGCACGUGGCAUCCUCUAUCUGCUCAUUUUCCAGCAGCUUGGACAGUUGGUUCGAUGGACCUGGGGGUUCAACGUCCUCCUAGCGCCUGCAGAUACAUACAAGAUAGAAGACGGUGGAACUAUCGAUUCCCUCGAAAGCGGUGAAUACAGCGAAGAGGAAGCACAGCGCUUGCUCGACGACUCACAUUCGGACUACGAGUCCGGCAACGUGACCAGUUACGCCACUUCUACCGGCACCAGCGACACACAUUCAAUCGAAGACCGAGGCGACGUCUUGGCGUCAGCCAACUUCAUCACACCCACAAACGGCAACGUCGCAGUUGCAGGAGAAGGAGACUUCCACGGUAGGAUCAACGGCUACACCAAUGGUCGAGCGAACGGCAAUGAUGCUUUCAAUGCUCUCACCUCACUUAAGAAGGACAAUGUUCCCAAAGGCCCCAAGGGUUGGCCAAAGCGAGCUAAACUGGCGGCUCGACGCGCAGGAAGUUCCGUCUCGAAUGCGUUCUUCCGUGUCGGUCGUUCAAUCUUCGAGUCGCUGCCCAAGUGGCUUCAGCAAACACUUUCCAAGAUAUCUUCGGUUCUUGGAAGGUUCUUCAAGGGUGUUUGGGCAUUCAUGAACCCUCCUCUCUGGGCAAUGUUGGCAGCAAUCAUCGUUGCCUCUGUGCCUCAGCUGCAGCACCUAUUUUUCGACCCUGGAACUUUUAUCAGCACCUCUGUGACCCGUGCCGUCAAUCAGAGCGGACAGGUUGCCGUCCCUCUCAUCUUAGUCGUUCUGGGCGCCAACCUGGCUCGCAACACUUUACCAAAGGAAGAUCAGCACUCCAUGGAAGAUCCGAAGGUCGAAAAGAAGCUUGUCAUCGCAUCUUUGAUCAGCCGUAUGCUUAUUCCAACUCUCUGCAUGGCCCCAAUACUGGCUGUUGUCGCCAAAUACGUACCUGUCAGCAUCGUCGAUGAUCCUAUCUUCAUUAUCGUCUGCUUCCUUCUCAGCGGUGCCCCGACCGCACUGCAGCUGGCCCAGAUCUGCCAGAUCAAUAACGUCUACAUGGGUGCUAUGUCCAAGAUCCUAUUCCAGAGCUACUUUUUUCCCACCUGCCUCAAGAGCAUUCGCAGCUCCGAGCCCAACCAAACUUGGCACCAGCCAGACACGGCGGAGCUAUCUCGCAGCAACACCGUGGAGGGGAGCACGUCACCCCGCGCGCCUGCCAAAGUCGUAUCGUUCCCUGAUGAAGGCAUCUCACCUCUCAUGAUCGCCAAGCACAAAGAACUUGAGCAGAAAGACUACCUCGACCUUGACAGACCGUCUAGACACUACCCUGCAAGCAUCAGCGGCAAGCGACUAUCUGGCAGACCAUCAAUCGAGCACAUGGGCUCAUUUAAGCUGCAAAGCCAGAGCGGAGAAGCAAAAGAUGGCAACCCUUCGCUCACUUCUCUGCUCUCGGAUAGUUCAAAUGACGCACACCAUCACGCCCAUGCGCACGAAAGACUAGUCAAGCACAUCCACGGCUGGCUCAAGUCAGAGCGUACAAGGCGGGCAACACGCAAAGCGAAACGAAAAGCUGCCAAAGAUGCCAGACAGAGCGAGGAAUCCAAGGAAGGCUCCAAAGAUCACCUUGGUGUGCCUUCAUCGUCACGAGGCAGAAGUGACUCUGACUCGUCUGAUGGGUCGGUCGCACUAGAUCAGCUGGCAGGUAUUCUGGAGAAGACGCUGAACAUAGCACCCGCCGAUGCGAAGAGAAAGAUCAAUCAUGUGCGCCGAAUGUCAACGGGCCUCAAGCGCCAUUCCGCUAUCUCGAUGGACUCAGACUACUUCGAUUCGAUCGACCAGCUUGUCCCUAGCUGCGAUGUCGUGCUCGACAACUCGAAGACCAUGGCUUACAGCGUUGAUGACGCUGACCCGGAGCCUGAGAACGAAGACUCUGAGCGAAGAAGACGGAAGGAGAAAGAGGCCUGGACAGCUUUCCGUUUCGAGAUCCUCCGCCUGGCACACACCCUAAAACUGAAAGGUUGGCGAAGAGUGACCGUGGAGCAGCACGACGAGAUCGGCGUUCAAAGGCUGAGCGGUGCUUUGACAAACGCUGUCUAUGUUGUGUCUCCCCCCAAGAACGUCAAGUCUACACAAGAGCGCGCAGAUGGUGUGCCUGUGCCAAAGAACCCGCCACCAAAGCUACUUCUUCGCAUCUACGGUCCUCAGGUAGAGCACCUCAUCGACCGCGAGUCUGAGCUCCAGAUCUUGCAGCGUCUUGGACGCAAGCGCAUCGGCCCGCGCAUGCUCGGUACCUUCAAGAACGGUCGGUUCGAGGAAUUCUUCCAUGCCAAACCACUCACCUUCAAGGAAUUGCGGGUUCCUGAGACGUCCAAGCAGAUUGCCAAGCGUAUGCGAGAACUCCAUGAGGGUAUCGAGCUUCUGAAGUCAGAGCGGGAAGCCGGGCCAUUUGUCUGGCAGAACUGGGACAAGUGGGUAGACCGCUGCGAGCAGGUUGUCACUUGGCUUGACCAGCAGAUACUCGAGGGGGGCGAUGCACCUGUCACGUCUGCCCCUGAUCGCUGGAGGAAGCGAGGUCUGGUUUGCGGCGUCGAGUGGCCUGUUUUCAGGCAGAUGAUUGAGAAGUACAGGAGGUGGCUCGAGGAGCAGUACGGCGGGAUUCAGAAGAUCAACGAGCGCAUGGUGUUUGCGCACAACGACACUCAAUACGGUAACAUCCUCCGUAUGAUGCCUGAAGGCGAAUCACCCCUUCUCCUCCCAGCCAACCAGCACAAGCAGCUCGUGGUCAUCGACUUCGAGUACGCAAACGCAAACGUACCCGGCAUGGAGUUUGCGAACCACUUCACCGAGUGGUGUUACAACUACCAUGACCCUGACUACUCGUGGGCAUGCGCCAGCAACUACUACCCCACCCCCGAGGAGCAACACCGAUUCAUCCGAGCCUACCUUAUGCACUCUCCAGGCCUGAAAACCCCCGGUGGAGCCUCAUCGAACCCUCCCACACCUCACCUUGGUCCUCUUCCAACCUCUGCCAGCACCACUGCCCUUACCGCUACCGCUGCUCCCAGCACCAUCUCUGCAUUCAUGUUGGACUCACGUGCACCUCCAGGUCAGUCCUACCAGGAACAAGAAGCCCAGGCAGAGCGAAAUACCGAGGAAGAAGCCCGCCGCCUCAUGGCCGAAACCAAGCUCUGGCGAAUCGCCAACUCAGCCAUGUGGGUAGCCUGGGGCAUCGUCCAAGCCCACGUACCCGGCCUGCCCGACUUCGAUACCGCGGACGGCGCAGCAACCGGCACCGCCGAGAACCUUACCGCCGCAGCCCUCGAUGGAGCCACCGUCGACAUUCGAGUCGAGGCAGAAGCAGAGAAAGAGAAGAGCCCGGCCGUGAGCACCAAGGGGGCGGGACCAAAGGACGAGACCAAACCGGAGUUGGACCAAGAUGCUGAUCUGUUCAAAUCACAGGAUGACGAGGAGUUUGACUAUCUCGCUUACGCCCAGGAUAGAGCUAUGUUUGUCUGGGGGGAUCUGGUGGGUAUGGGGUUGGUCAAGGAAGAGGAGUUGCCGGAGGCGUUGAGGAGGAGGAUGAAGGUUGUGGAGUACUAG